CAUUUCCCAGCCCAAAGCCCCUAGAAGGCUAAAACCCUAAACUCUUCCCCCAACAAAAUCACCCAGAAGAAGAAACCAGCUCUCUUCCUCACAGAAUCUCAAAAAUGGCGAGCCUUAUAACCGAAACCUCCCAGAAAAUCUUCACCCCGGAGACCCUCCGCUCCGCCGCCAAACAGUCCCAACGCUGUCUCACCGUCCCCAUACGCCUCCGCCGCGCCAUCAAGAAGUACCUCCGAGAGCAGGAGGAGCCGCACGUGAAGAGGAAGGUGCUGAGGCUAUCGGAGACGCUAAGCGCUAUCAAGGACGUGAACGCGCAACUCGCGACUACGACGUCGAGGGAGCUGGUGGAGGACCCUUUGAAGUCGGCGGAGCAGUCGAGGCAGCGAUGGAAGAUCAGGAGCUCCUACGGCGACAUUGGGUUCAAGUACACGGGCGACGAGACCAUCGCCUAUGUAGCUUCUAGAAUGCCCGCCGUGUUCUCCGCUUGUUACCGAGUUCUCAAGGAGGUUCAUAGAAGGCUACCGGGUUUCUCUCCAGCUCGAGUGUUGGAUUUCGGUGCUGGCACGGGUUCAGCUUUCUGGGCACUACGAGAAGUCUGGCCACAAUCUAUGGAGAAAGUUAAUUUAGUAGAGCCAUCCCAGUCAAUGCAGCGUGCUGGCCGGAGCCUUAUACAAGGUCUGAAGAACCUGCCACUUAUUCAUAGUUAUGAUAGCAUUCAAGCACUUAAUAAAAGCAUCAAUAAGUCAGAGAGAGGACAUGACCUUGUAAUUGCUUCUUAUGUCCUUGGGGAGAUACCAUCACUGAAGGACAGAAUUACUAUAGUACGCCAGCUUUGGGAUCUUACACGGGAUGUUCUGGUUUUGGUUGAACCUGGAACACCGCAUGGAUCUAAUAUCAUAUCUCAGAUGCGAUCUCAUAUAUUAUGGACGGAGAAAAGGAAAUGCCGUAAAUCUAAAGCUGCAAAUAAUACAGUUUCAAAGGACUUGGUAGUGGCUCAAAAAAGUGGUGCAUUCAUAGUUGCUCCUUGUCCUCAUGAUGGGCCAUGUCCGUUGUUAAAAACUAGCAAAUACUGUCAUUUUGUCCAGCGCUUGGAGAGGACAUCAUCACAACGUGCAUACAAGCGUUCGAAGGGCGAGCCCCCUUUACGUGGCUUUGAGGAUGAGAAAUUUAGUUUUGUUGUUAUCAGACGGGGACAAAGACCAAGGGAAGCUUGGCCUCGUGAUGGCAUGAAAUUUGAGACAUUGAAGGAGCAGCAUGCAAAAAGAAAUCCAGAAGAUCUUGAAAUUGACUAUGAGGACCUGAUGAAGUUACAACAAGAAGCUGAUGAUAUUCCAUAUGAAGAAGUGGAUCCAGCUACCUAUGAUUCUGAUGUAAUGGAAACUGAUGCUGUUGACAAGUAUGAUGAUGAUGAUGAUGAUGAAGAAGAAGAAGAAGAAGAAGAAGAAGAAGAAACAACCUCUGCUGAUCUUGGGGGUGGUUGGGGCAGGAUUAUCUUUCCAGCCGUUCGACGGGGCAGGCAGGUUACUAUGGAUGUCUGUCGAUCAACCGAACGAGAUGGCUCAGAGGGUUCAUUUGAGCAUAUAGUCGUCACACGCAGCAAGAAUCCUACAUUACAUCAUCAAGCCAGAAGAUCUCUCUGGGGUGACCUGUGGCCCUUUUGAAGUUAUGAAGUGCUUUUGGCCCUGUAAUCCCCAACAAAUUUCAUAAAAUUUUAUUUCAUUUUUUUGUAUAUGGUCUUUAGAAGGAAAAAAGAAAAUGUAAUUGAGGAAAUUGUUAAAUCAGAUGGAUCAAACGAAAGGCAUACGUCUUACAAUUGUUCAUUGUGCAAUUGAAUUGAGUUCUAAUGAAGACACUGAAGUCAAACUUACCACCAGAAGUCACUUCCAACUUAAGAAACAAGAAAUUUUUGUUUUUA